GGUAUAAAAGAGGCGGAGGUGGACCUGCCUGUCAGAUGGUUUGUUGUUGUUCUGUCUGCCAGGUUGAGAAGGGAAUGUGAAAGUGAGAAAUUUUAUAAGGUAACCAGGAAACCGGACAGCCAGAGCGACUUCCAAUCCGAUGGAGCUUCAGAAGCCGUAACUUUCUUUGACAAGAGAAGACUUUCGUUACGCAAGUGUUUCAAGUUCAGGUUUGUUGUUGCUUUAAAAGAGCUUCACAGCGUCCUGUCUUUGCAGUGGAGGUUAAAAGGUUGUUGGUGGACAGUACAAUGAGAGAAGAGGUGUCCUGCACCAACUCCCCUGAAGGAGGUCUGGGGGCCAGCGAAGAGGAACUGGAAAGAGGAUCGAAGAAGACCCACCAGCAAGGAAAUCGAAAACGUUCCCCUUACCCCAAGAAGGACAGCCUUGGUCAGGCAGAGGAGAGCAGCACCGGCAGCCCGACCAGCCUGCUGCCGUCUGGGCCAAAGAGGACGAAGAAAAGCCCCUCAACAGUCGUGUCGUUGGCCCCCACGCCGCUGGGCCCUCGGCUGGACCAGCCCUUCGAAGACCUCCAUUCUCAGCGCGUCAUUGCCAACGUGCGGGAGCGUCAACGCACUCAGUCCCUGAACGAUGCCUUCGCCUCCCUACGCAAGAUCAUCCCUACGCUACCUUCGGACAAGCUGAGCAAGAUCCAGAUCCUGAAGCUGGCCUCACGCUACAUCGACUUCCUCUACCAGGUGCUGCAGAGUGACGAGAUGGACGCCAAGCUGGCCAGCUGCAACUACCUGGCCCACGAAAGACUGAGCUACGCCUUCUCCGUCUGGAGGAUGGAAGGGGCCUGGGCCAUGUCCACCAGCCACUAGGAUCCCAUCGAAUCUCUCUCCUCAACCCUCUCGUGUCCACAUCUUCACCCCACUGCCUCUGUCUGUGUUUGCACCCAUUUCCUGACCUCUGAACCUCUGAAUUCUUCCCUUUUGGUCUGCUCUUAACCUUUUCCUCUCAAACCUUUGCACACAUUCCUGCUCGAUCUAUGUGCUCCAUAAUGGUUUACUCCAUCUCUACUCCAGUAUUAACAUCCAUAGUUGGAUCCUUGCAACUAAAACCUCUCUCAGUUCACCUUGUUCCCCUCCAUUGUUUCCACUUCCACUGUCUGUCCUACAGUUUUGUCCAGUGCAACAAGACGCUCCGCUGCAGCCCCUCAGGUAGGCAAUCUGAAUCCAGUGCAGUUGUGGCGGACUCCGCCAUUACCAAUAAAAACUACAGAGAGAAAACCGACAAAUGGAAAAUUCUCUACACUCUAAGAAGAAAUUUGUUCCUGCCUCACCAGACAACCCCUGAUUUUUUUUUUUUACCCUUUUUUCUCUUUCUCUGGACACGUGCUCAACUCAUGACACUGAGAUGUAUUCUUGCAGCUUGACUCUUUCCCUUUGUGUUUCUAAAACACUUGCGAGGAGACACGACAGUCAAGCGCUGAACAUUUUGAAUUAUGAAAACAAGAACAAAACAAACAGCUGGCCUGCGUUGACAAUGAAACAAAAUGGCUGCUGGUUCGAGUGCCUUGGGUAACACCGUGAUAACCAUCAUCCACCCGACUCUUCGCAUCGGAUGACUUACUGCCAGACAGACAUUAUGAUGACUAAUGAUAAUGGCACAGUGAUGGUUAGAGGGCGGUCACAGCCAAUGAAUGUUUACAGCUAAAAUGCUAAUAAGCUAAUCGCUCUGGCUCUCAAAGUCCCGUCUUGUGGGAAAAAGAGGAGCAUGAGGAAUCUGACGCAGAUCUUCUACUUUGUUGUGCUGUAGUAACUGGAUAGCCUUCUGUGUAUUUGGGGUUUUUAAAGUGUAUCUGUUUGUGAAUUUGGUGUAUGCACACUGUAUUACUUCAACUCUGCUCAUGCAUUCCUCUCGGCUUUAACAGAAACUGUCCAUGGGAAAACGUCUUAAACCACUGAUCACAGUUCAGCCACCAUUCAUUCAACUUCUGUGUAUUUUCACUUCAGUGUUUCUGUUAUUAGCGAGUGUUGCAGAAAGUUGUAUUUUGAAAUGCAAGAAAAUCUGAUUGUUUGUCUUUUUUCCUGCAGCUUUAAGAAAUAUCUUUGCAAACUUGCUGUGAGCGUUUCCACUGAAUAAUGCAGAAGUAAAAGCAGAAACGUUUUUUUAUAAAAUGUGUCAAAGUGAUGAAGUGAUUCCAGCCGUAGUAUAGAGGAUUCAUUUGAAACCAUAAGUAGUCUAAUUACUGUUUGAUCAUGUUUCUUUUGUACUGUUUUGCAUUUGCUUUUGAUAAUCUUUAUUGUGUCGGCUCCUGUGGACAAUAAAACCUUUCUCAAUGCUGUA